AUGGCCCAGAUAUCGGUGACCUCCCUCCUGGUCCUCUCCUCCCUCCUCCGCCUCGUCUUCCUCUUAUAUGGCCUCUAUCAAGACGUUACUUCCGUGUUUAAAUACACCGACAUCGACUAUCUUGUCUUCACCGAUGCUGCCCGUUAUGUUGCCAAUUUCUCGUCCCCUUAUCUUCGAGCAACGUAUCGUUACACCCCACUGUUAUCAUGGCUUCUGUUCCCAACCACAUUCAACCCUCAAUACCUUUGGUUUUCGUUCGGAAAACUCCUUUUCGCGGCUGGUGAUAUCCUAGCCGGUUACUUGAUCAUCCAGGUGUUACAGAUAUAUGGGUUCACAGCCACCCGAGCUAUGAAAUACGCCUCAUUGUGGCUGUUAAACCCUAUGGUGGCAACAAUCAGUACCCGUGGAAGCUCAGAAGGAUUAUUAGGCGUGAUAGUAAUCGCCUUGCUCUGGUCUGUUGAGAAACGACGGGUGGUGCUUAGUGGUGCUAUACUCGGGUUUGCGGUACACUUCAAGAUAUAUCCGUUUAUAUAUGCUCCUUCGAUACUGCUAUGGAUGCAACCACCCAAUCAACCGGAUUUAGUAUCGAAAGUUAAAGGGUUUAUAACAAAGGACUGUUUGAUAUUUUCUAUCACUGCUCUUACAAGCUUCAUGGGUCUCAAUGUUGCGAUGUAUGCCAUCUACGGCCACCCUUUUGUCGUCCAUACCUUCCUUCAUCACCUUACUCGUCUCGACCACCGCCAUAACUUUUCACCAUACAAUACCCUCUUAUACCUAAAAUCCUCACCAUUCACUCCGGAUCCACUAUACCCAGCAGUCAUGCUUUCAGAUCUAACAGUUGAACGUCUAGCAUUUGUCCCUCAACUCCUAAUCUCCUCUAUUCUUCUUCCAUUGUUCGCAAAAAAGGAUUUGCCGUCGACAAUGUUCGCACAAACCUUCGCAUUUGUGACGUUUAACAAAGUGGUUACAAGUCAGUACUUCAUGUGGUACUUGGUUUUAUUACCAUUUUAUUUAGGGAGGAGUAGAUUUAUGGGGAAACCAGUGAUUGGGAUGGUGGCAUUGGUUGCUUGGGUGCUCACGCAGGGACUAUGGUUGGGCCAGGCUUAUCAACUCGAGUUCGAAGGAGAGAAUACAUUUUGGCCGGGGCUGUGGGGUGCGGCGGCAGCGUUCUUUCUAGUGAAUUGCUGGAUUUUGGGAGUUGUGGUGGGAGAUAUCGCGCGGACGAGGAGGGUUGAAAGUCUUAUCUCGGAGAAGGGGGUGAUAUCAAUGUGA